CCUCGCCAUAUUCUAUUCCAUUCCAGUGUUGAAGCCUGAUUUUUAGUGUAAAAAUGCUGGGUGUUUUUAGCAGGGAAGUGGCGGAGCCGCCGGAGGAGUUGGGGGCCGCCGGGGCCGCGGGGAGCCGUACGCCGUCACCUAAGACGCGGGCCUCAGAGUUAGUGAACCGAUUUGUUACCAGGAGCGCGCCGGCCGAGGUGGUCUCGAUUCAGCUGGGCUCAGUCGGCCAUCUCGUCCACUCUCACGCCGGCGAUUCUCCCUUCCGCCCUAGAUUAUUUGCAGCAAAAGAUGAUAUAUUCUGUUUAUUUCAAGGAAUGCUUGACAACCUAGGAAACCUGAUUCAACAUUACGGUCUCUCUAAGAACUCAAAUGAAGUUUUGCUUGUGAUUGAGGCCUACAAAGUUCUCCGAGACAGAGCUCCUCAUCCUCCCAGCUUCAUGCUUGGUCAUUUGACUGGAAACUUUUCUUUUGUGCUCUUUGACAGAAAGACUUCAACCAUCCUUGUAGCUUCUGAUGCUGAUGGUAGGGUUCCUUUGUACUGGGGAAUUACAGCAGAUGGAUGCCUUGCUUUUGCCGAUGAUGUCGAAAUACUGAAAGGAUCGUGUGGCAAAUCCCUUGCUCCAUUUCCUCCUGGAUGCUUUUAUUCAAAUUCCCUUGGUGGGUUGAAAAGUUAUGAGCAUCCUAAGAACAAGGUGACUGCAACUUUAGCAGAUGAAGAAGAAAUUUGUGGUGCCACUUUCAAUGUGGAAGAAGCUCCCACGGUUGUCACAGCCAUGCAUUAAAAGUUCAUCCCAUGCUUGCAAAGGAAAUUCAUGUGAAUAAAGGAUGAAAUAAAUGGGUACUUGUGUUUGUGUGUCUUAGUUGAGCUUGCUAGUCUUUGUUAUCCAUGUUUUCCUUUGUCUUGAGAGAUGCUUCCCUUCGAUGCUUCAUUGUAAAUAAAGUUUAUUUAUGAAGGUUUUUUAAAGAACUAUUAGUUGAAGAGAAAAAUCUUUGAGCUAUCA